GUGGCUGUCCCGCCAAUGGUGGAGAGCUCCCCGCAGAGAAGCUCCUCGGGAGGGGAAACGGCAGCUGACCAGAGCCAGACCAAGGAAGCGGCAAGUGACCAGAGACAAAGCUGGGACCCUCGGUCCCCAACCCUCGGCAUCUCACGCACCCCUCUGAAGGCUGCGGUGACCGACACCAUAAAUUGUUUGGUCAAGCAACUUGAUGAGGCCUUUGGAACAGAGACCAUGGAUCAGGAGUCACUGCUGGAAGAGCUAUUAGACCAGAGACCAAAUCUUGGAGCUGCCCCUAUCCCAGGGGAGGAGACAAAUGGAAAGAACCCUCAGGGGGAAGACUCUGACAGGGAUGCAUCUGAAGAGAAGAUACCAAUGUGGAUGGAGGAAAAGGCAAAACAACAGCUUUCCAGUGCUUGUGCUCAGUCUGUAAUGAGGUCAUCUUGCUUCAUUGACCCUCCCCGCACCUCAGGGGGCAAACCCACAAGACGUAAGGCCAGCAACAAAGUCUUGGCAGUCUCUGGAGGUACCGGGCGCUCUCCCCUCAGCAUCCUACAGGACGACAAUUCCCCAAGUACUCUCUCUUCUCGCCAGGGCAAGAGGCACCCAUCUCUGGCAGAAAACCUGGGGGAAUGGAAGGAGGUGGCAGCAGAUCCAGGGUGUAACCUGAAAUCAGGGGGCUCUGUCUGGAACGACUCGAACAAAGAGAAUCAACACUGUCGUUUGGUGGAGAAUUAAAGGGGUUGGGGGGCCCUUUCCCUUGGGCUCCUGACAAUAACCCUUUCUUCUAAUGCAUCUGAAUGGAGCCUUCUAAGGACAAAGGAUCCUGCUGUGUUGGAUAGGGACACUCUGGGCCUGUAGUCUCUUCUCUCCCAACCUUUUCAGGGGGAAGAGGCUUAUCAGUACUUCUGUCCUCUAAUUUUAUGCAUAUCUCUUCAUGUACAGGCUUCUGUGUGAUGUGGCUAUUAGUCUCUGAAAUGUCACCUGUACUGCCUCAAUGUAUAAGUCCCAUGCAUGUGGUAAAUAAACACAUUUUAAAGAUUCUGCUG